AUGGAAGCUCUGCAGGCAUUAAAGAGUGUAGAUUGGAGGUAUGUUUACUUUUCGGCCAUGACAUUUAAGGCCCAUCCAAUAGAAAAGAAACAAAAAAAGAAGAAGAGACGAGCGUACGAUAACGUGGCGGGAAAUUUCAUGGAAACGUCGUCGCCGUCCGAAAUCCGAACGUAA